GAUUGCUCCCAAGGCCUCUGUCAAGUUUUCUUACGCCUCGCACAGUCCCACCAUUCUCAUUCCCAACAGCCUUUCCCGUUCCAGUUCUUGUUGAUUCGAUGCAUGAUAUUGUAGUCAUCGAUAUGGAUGGAUGUGUGGAAGUUUUGAUUCAUGGAGUUUGCAAUAAAAUUUUGGAGUUGAUGCUUCAUUUUUAAUGGAUGGAAAUUUUGGAGUUUGUGUUGUUUGUUUUUGUGAUAAUUACGUGGAAGGAAUUUCCUUUUUUCAUUUUUUAUAAUUAUAAUUUUUUGUGAUAAUGAUGUGUAAUUUCUAAAAUUUUAAUUUUUUAAUUAAUUUUUUAAUUAAUUUUUAUUUGCCACGUCACAUAUUUAACGGUCAACUGUCAGAGUUGACCGUCACGUCAGUCAAAGUUAACGGAGGUUAACGGAGAGUGACCGAACUUGAACUGUUCAACUAAUUCAAGUGACUAUAAAUGGAAUAAAUUAAUUUGAGUGGCAAACAUGAAAUUUUAUAGCAAUUCGAGUGACCAAACUUGCAAUUAAGAAAAAAAAAACUGAAUUGCUAUUCGUCGCCCUAAAAUUUAAAUUUAUCGCCCUAAAAUAUACCAAAUUGACACUCUCACCCUCCGGUCCCAUUUUAUCCAAAACAAACAAUCCCUUACCUUGCCCAGCCCGCCGAGCUAGUCUGUCCUGCGGGCGCUGCUGUCAUCGGAUUCUUCUCUAGGCAGCCGCCCAAUUCCGCCCGAUCGUCAUCGGUUCUCUGCUUCUAUUGUCGGACGAUCCCAAGCAACAGCGCAGCAGGAAGAAGACUAUAUAUGAAGGACUAAAUUCCAAAAAUGAAAAAAAAAAUAUAAGUAGGAACCUGUUUCUCAAGUUCCCUUGCACGUGUUUCUUCUUCUAAUGAUGGUGAUGAUUCUGAACUCGGCAAUUAUUGGAAUAAUUCUAGGUCGAAAAGUAAUUAAGAAUUUUGGGAAUAAUUGAAAGCAAGGGAGAAAGGGUAAACGAAGGCGGAAGAAGGAGGCCGCCGUCCCUCAGUCCUACUGCUGAGUAUUCUUCUCUCCGGCCCACUGCCCACCUCAACCGACCACCGCCGCUUCCCUACUGCUGCUGCCGGAUUUUACUAUUGGUACCAAGCUAGAGGAAGGACACGAAGGAGGAAGAAGGUUUUAGGGUUUAGUUUUUUUCCUCUGUUUCCAGACAUGUUGAAACUCUGUCUCCGUCGAGCUUGGGACGGGUUCCUGAUCUGUCUCAACGAUGAGAAAGAGAGAAGAGACUCAGUUGAAGGCAAUAAGGAGGAAGAAGAAGACAAGGCCAUUUGAGUCAUUUUAAUAAAAUUUAGGGCGACGAAUAAGGUGUUUUAGGGCGACGAAUAGCAAUGCCAAAAAAAAAACACUAAGAGAGGUGCAUUUUUGAGGGAGGAGGCAUGGGAAAAUUUUCGAAAUUCCAAAAAUUUCGAUUUUCCCACCCAAAGUUCCGAAAUCAAACCGCCCUUUUGUUUCGUAUUCCUGAAAUUCGAAACCCCACACAUUUUAAAACCCAAAAAGAAAUUACCCAAACACAGUAUUUCCCGUUCCUGAAGCAACUGUUCGUCCCUUCUACGCUCUCCCCCCUUUUCAUCUUCUUGUUCUUCCUCGUAUCCAAGUCGCUGAUUCAGGUAAAGUACACUGUUUCUCUCUCUACAUCUGUCCCCUUUCCGCUUCUCGUCUUUGUCUUUCGAGUUUGAAUGGCCCCAGAUCUGAAAUUCACUAAACUUGGAGUCGUCGGAGAGUAAAAUGCGGAAGUCCUUACUGCAGAUAUCGCUUGCCGUAUUGAAUUUCGUUGGUUCAACAGAUCCGAUUUCUUGCUGCUGGGUUUCUGUUGAAAUCCCAAAUCUGACUCUUCUCUUCUUUUUGGUGAGAAGCCGAUGGCAGGAAAAGGAGGGAAAGGGCUUUUGGCAGCGAAGACCACCGCCGCUAACAAGGACAAAGAUAAGGACAAGGACAAGAAGAGACCUACCUCCAGAUCUUCUCGCGCUGGUAUCCAGUUUCCUGUUGGUCGAAUUCAUCGCCAUCUCAAGCAGAGGAUUGCUGCUCAUGGCCGAGUUGGGGCUACUGCUGCUGUGUACUUGGCCUCAAUCCUCGAGUACCUUACUGCUGAGGUUCUUGAGCUUGCUGGGAAUGCAAGCAAGGACUUGAAAGUGAAGAGAAUCACGCCCAGGCAUCUCCAGCUGGCCAUUCGAGGAGAUGAGGAGCUCGACACGCUCAUCAAAGGUACCAUUGCUGGUGGUGGUGUCAUCCCUCACAUCCACAAGUCUCUCAUCAACAAGACCAGCAAGGAGUGAGAGAGAGCUCUCUCGCUUUUGUUUAUCUUUUUCUUGUAGCCUCUGUCAAGCUGGAACUAGGGCUUAGUUGUGUGAAGCUAUUAUUAUGUUGUUUAGGGUUAAUUUGUCAAGUCUUCUCUGAUGUUUCAUUUGCUAGUGUUCUUCUCAUGGCUGUUGGUGUAGUAGUACAUAGAAUCUUUAACCUGUAGGGUUGUACUUCUAGACUAGAACUGGAAUCUUCUAUUUCGGUAGCAGGUACUUCUGUUUGGAUUGUUAAGUUAUAGAGGUUGUCUUGACUCUGUUCCCAUAACUGUUGGUCUGCGACUGUUAUGAUUGUGUGCCAAGUUCAUGGACCAUAAGCAUGUUUUGCUGCAUCAAAUCGUCUGCUUUUCCUUCGCAAUUUGCUCUCAGUCAAUUGAGAGCAGCCAAAUUAUUCGCUCAUUUGAGGAGUGAAUUAAAAUAAAAAUGUGAGAUUUGA